CGAGAAGGAGAGACCUUUUCAGUGACUGCAUGGAAUACAUGAAUAAUUCAAACACAAAAAUCCCAGCGGCAGCGGUUGGCAAGUUGGACCUCGACAACGUGACCAGCCUGUAGAGUUAUUGAUCAAACGAUCCAUCCGAUUUCGGUGUUCCAGCAGCCGCAAAUACAAUACUCCGACGUCGCUGUCGCCGCUGCUGUCGAUGCUGAUGCCACAAAGAAAAAAUCCAAUACAAUAAAAAGAAAAAACAAUCAGAAACAACUACAGGCGAAAUGUGCGGAGAAACAAAAAGAAAAUUGAAGACGACGACACGAGCGUAAAUCUUUUUAGCAUGAAAAAAUUCUAUAAAACUAACAGGCACUGUGUGGUCGGACAUCAUUCGUGCUCUACGACGGCAGACGGCAGCUACAGAUACAGAUACGGAUACAGAUACAGAUAGCCGGUGGGUCGGACAGCACAGCACAACGCAAGCACAGCAGAGCACAGAACCGCACCGUACUGCCCUGCCUGAUUGAUUGAUUGCCAGAGCCAGAGCCAGAGCCAUAUCCAGGGCCCCAACUCCUGCCCAAACCCAAGCCCAAACCAAACUCGAAACUGAAAAUCAAACUGCACCAGCAUCGUCAUCCAUAUCGUGUCCAUAUCUAACAGCGGACGGGGACAGCAUCCCAAUCCCAAUCCCAACCACCAAUAACCAACGUCCAGCCGCCAAGCCAUCAAUCAGUCACCGAGUCACCGAGUCAGUUAGUCAAUCGCAUCGCUUCGCUUCGCCCACUCGUCCGCUGGAGGAGGAUAUCUUCGGUCGGCGCCUUCAGUCUCAGUUCGCAUUUGGACGCGUGCUGUGCGGCCUCGCCGAUAGAGAGAGAGUCGGAUCGGAUCCAAAAUCGUGCGCGAAUAAAUCUAUAAACGUAUCAAGAACCAAAACACUGGCGGGCACACGUGUGCGGAGUUCAGUGACAAGCCCCAAAUCUAGCGAAUAUAUAUUCCAUUGAGUCUAUAUACAAAUCGUGAAAUCGUAAAACGUUUUUAAUCAACUCGCAACCAAGCGGCACCCAACUACGGCAUAAUUAAUUCGUCUGACCCGCAAGGUUCACGCAGAGCGAAUACGGUUGUGCAAAGCCGAGUGUGCUCGGAAAUAGUUGAAGUGAGAAGUAUCGUCCCACCGCCAUCGGAAGUAAUAAGUAGCGAAAUGAAGCUGUUUGCAGUAUUGCUGGCAUUGGCUUUGUACGCCGUGACGCUGGUCCAGUGCCUCAGCCUGCCCGAUCCGAACGCCAAGUGUGCCAUGGAGUGCGACACAACGGAGUUCAAAGCGAUUUGUGCCGCGGAUGACAAGGGCACAACCAGGACCUUCCGGAAUCUGUGCGUUAUGAAGACGGAGAAUUGCCUGCAGAAUACAAGCUUUCAAAAGAUCAGCGAAAAGGAUUGUCCGUAGAGCCUUCGAUCCAUCUAUUGCAGUCCGGAAAGAACUUAAUCAUGAAGGAGAACGAGUGCACGUGGUUUGAGAUGCCGGAGGACUCUUCUUUCUCGCGUGGUAUUUGUGUGUGAUAUUUUUAAGUUGUACUUCAGCGGAAUACGGAACAGCCCCGAACGUCGUAAUGCAUAAUUAUAAUGUAUUCUAUAAUUAUUAAUUUUAAAUAUUAAAUAAAGUAAUCAUAACACGCACCA